AUGGUGAACGGUGUACAAGUCAUACGUUCUUCAGGGUCGUUGAACUUGACAGAUAUAACCUAAUACGGGACAAUUACCCACCUGGGUAGCUCUAUCGCUGAAAGUCUCUCUGAAAAGCUCUCUAAUGACACAUUUCCAAUGAGGGUUUACCCCAGUGUUUUAACCCCAGUGUUUUAUCCCCAGUGUUUUACCCAAAAGGCCCAGACUUUUCUGUUUCUAUCUGCUCCCGUGUCUCACUGGGCCAUGGCUCCGGCCGACCUGCUCUGAUUUGGAGCAAAGGCAAGGCCCUGGGUACUUUUCCGCUGGCAUUUACUUAACAAUGGCUAACUGUGGACUUUUAACACCUUCUCACAAAAGCAACGGUCUUGAAUGAUGGAGAGGUUGAUUCUGCUCGCCACAAGUCUUUAGUGUCACACUCCUGAUGAAAACACAACAACACUAGAGAUAACAUUAACAUAAAACACUGGUGUCACCCUGGUGGGGGGGAAAGUCUAGGUGGCUGCGUUUACACAGGCAGACCAAUUCUGAUCGUUUACCCAAUUAUAGGCAAAAGAGCUGAUCUGAUUGGUCAACAGACAAAUUAGUGGGAAUACAAUUAUCAGAAUUGGGCUUCCUGUGUAGCCAAAAGAGGAAGAUAAAACUAAUCUUUGUUCAAAGGUUAAAGAAUGAAUCUUGUUUUCUAUAGACUUAACCAUUAUAGAUGUACCUAGUGUUUAUGCUGGCCUGGAUGUGGAAUUAGUGGAAGAAAAGCAUCUGCUAAAUGGAAUGUAUUAUAUCCUGUGUAGCUCAGUUGGCAGAGCAUGGCGCUUGCAACGCCAGGGUUGUGGGUUCGAUUCCCACGGGGGGCCAGUAUGAAAAAAUGUAUGCACUCACUAACUGUAAGUCUCUUUGGAUAAGAGCAUCUGCUAAAUGACUAAAAAUGUAAAAUGUAAAUUAUACUAUAUAUUCUCCCUCUGUCUCUCUCUCUCUCUCUGUCUCUCUGUCUCUGUCUCUCUCAAUCUUUGUCUCUCUCCGCCUCGGUCUCUCUCUCUCAAUUUCAAUUUAAGGGCUUUAUUGGCAUGGGAAACAUAUGUUAACAUUGCCAAAGCAAGUGAAAUAGAUCAUAAACAAAAGUGAAAUAAACAUAUUAUGUCUGUAUACAGUGUUGUAACAAUGUGCAAAAUGUAUACCGCAUAGAAUUAAAAAGGUAUUGUCGGACAUUAUUCAUUCUAAUCAGACAGGUUUUUUACAUGGACGAUACAUUGGAGAUAAUAUAAGGCAAGUAUUGGAAACAAUAGAACACUAUGAAAAAUCUGGGAAACCAGGCCUGGUAUUCAUAGCAGACUUUGAAAAUGCUUUUGAUAAAGUACAACUGGAGUUUAUAUAUAAAUGCCUGGAGCAUUUGGAUUUCGGAGAAUCUCUUAUAAAAUGGGUUAAAAUCAUGUAUAGUAACCCUAGGUGUAAAAUAGUAAAUAAUGGCUAUUUCUCAGAAAGUUUUAAACUGUCAAGAGGACUAAAACAAGGUUGUCCACUAUCGGCAUAUCUAUUUAUUAUGGCCAUCGAAAUGUUAGCUAUUAAAAUCAGAUCCAACAAUAAUAUCAAGGGAUUAGAAAUCCAGGGCUUAAAAACAAAGGUGUCAUUGUACGCUGAUGAUUAAUGUUUUCUUAAAAAUCCAAAACUGAAUUGCCUCCACAGCCUCAUAGAGGAUCUAGAUACAUUUUCUAACCUCUCUGGAUUACAACCAAAUUAUGAUAAAUGUACUAUAUUACGUAUUGGAUCACUAAAAAAUACAAUUUUUACAUUACCAUGUAGUUUACCAAUAGAAUGGUCUGAUGGUGAUGUGGAUAUACUCGGAAUACAUAUCCCAAAUGAAAUAAAUGAUCUCACUCCAAUAAAUGUUAAUAGAAAGUUAGCAAAAAUAGAUAAGAUCUUGCUACCAUGGAAAGAUAAAUACCUGUUUAUUUGUGGAAAAAUCACCCUGAUUAACUCUUUAGUAUUAUCCCAGUUUACCUAUUUGCCUAUGUUCUUGCCUACACCUAGCGAACAGUUUUUUAAAUUAUAUGAGAAAAAAAUAUUUGGCAAGCCAGACAAAAUUAAACGGGCCUAUUUAUAUAAUGAAUAUGAAUUCGGAGGACAGAAAUUAUUAAAUAUUAAAGCAUUAGACCUCUCACUAAAAGCUUCAAUCAUACAAAAGUUAUACUUAAAUCCGAACUGGUUCUCUAUCAAAUUAGUAAGAUUGUCUCACCCCAUGUUCAAGAAUGGCUUUUUUUCCCCUUUAUUCAGAUUACAACCUCUCACUUUCAGUUAUUUGAAAAGGAAAUCAUCUCCCAAAUAUCACUAUUUCUAAAACAAGCCAUAGAAAGUUGGUUGCAAUUUCAAUUUAAUCCUCCAAAAACGACAGAACAAAUAAUGCAACAAAUAUUGUGGUUAAACUCAAAUAUACUAGUUGAUAAAAAGCCAGUAUUUUUUUAUAUAAAAAUAAAAAAAGGCACAAUUUUCAUAAAAUAUAUAAUAGGUAGGACUGGUGGAGUUAUGUCGCACAUGCAGCUAACAAAAACAUAUAGAAAUGUCUGCUCUACCCAAAAUUACAACCAAAUAAUUGCAGCAUUACCGCAAAAAUGGAAGAGGAAAGUGGAAGGGGGAAAAAGUAAGGAACUUGUCUGUCGGCCCUGCAUUAAAGAACAUACAGUGGGGAGAGCAAGUAUUUGAUACACUGCCAAUUUUGCAGGUUUUCCUACUUACAAAGCAUGUAGAGGUCUGUAAUUUUUAUCAUAGGUACACUUCAACUGUGAGAGACGGAAUCUAAAACAAAAAUCCAGAAAAAUCACAUUGUAUGAUUUUUAAGUAAUUAAUUUGCAUUUUAUUGCAUGACAUAAGUAUUUGAUAUACAUCAGAAAAGCAGAACUUAAUAUUUGGUACAGAAACCUUUGUUUGCAAUUACAGAGAUCAUACGUUUCCUGUAGGUCUUGACCAGGUUUGCACACACUGCAGCAGGGAUUUUGGCCCACUCCUCCAUACAGACCUUCUCCAGAUCCUUCAGGUUUCGGGGCUGUCGCUGGGCAAUACGGACUUUCAGCCCCCUCCAAAGAUUUUCUAUUGGGUUCAGGUCUGGAGACUGGCUAGGCCACUCCAGGACCUUGAGAUGCUUCUUACGGAGCCACUCCUUAGUUGCCCUGGCUGUGUGUUUCGGGUUGUUGUCAUGCUGGAAGACCCAGCCACGACCCAUCUUCAAUGCUCUUACUGAGGGAAGGAGGUUGUUGGCAAAGAUCUCGCUAUACAUGGCCCCAUCCAUCCUCCCCUCAAUACGGUGCAGUCGUCCUGUCCCCUUUGCAGAAAAGCAUCCCCAAAGAAUGAUGUUUCCACCUCCAUGCUUCACGGUUGGGAUGGUGUUCUUGGGGUUGUACUCAUCCUUCUUCUUCCUCCAAACACGGCGAGUGGAGUUUUGACCAAAAAGCUCUAUUUUUGUCUCAUCAGACCACAUGACCUUCUCCCAUUCCUCCUCUGGAUCAUCCAGAUGGUCAUUGGCAAACUUCAGACGGGCCUGGACAUGCGCUGACUUGAGCAGGGGGACCUUGCGUGCACUGCAGGAUUUUAAUCCAUGACGGCGUAGUGUGUUAUUAAUGGUUUUCUUUGAGACUGUGGUCCCAGCUCUCUUCAGGUCAUUGACCAGGUCCUGCCGUGUAGUUCUGGGCUGAUCCCUCACCUUCCUCAUGAUAAUUGAUGCCCCACGAGGUGAGAUCUUGCAUGGAGCCCCAGACCGAGGGUGAUUGACCGUCAUCUUGAACUUCUUCCAUUUUCUAAUAAUUGCGCCAACAGUUGUUGCCUUCUCACCAAGCUGCUUGCCUAUUGUCCUGUAGCCCAUCCCAGCCUUGUGCAGGUCUACAAUUUUAUCCCUGAUGUCCUUACACAGCUCUCUGGUCUUGGCCAUUGUGGAGAGGUUGGAGUCUGUUUGAUUGAGUGUGUGGACAGGUGUCUUUUAUAAAGGUAACGAGUUCAAACAGGUGCAGUUAAUAUAGGUAAUGAGUGGAGAACAGGAGGGCUUCUUAAAGAAAAACUAACUGGUCUGUGAGAGCCGGAAUUCUUAUUGGUUGGUAGGUGAUCAAAUACUUAUGUCAUGCAAUAAAAUGCAAAUUAAUUACUUAAAAAUCAUACAAUGUGAUUUUCUGGAUUUUUGUUUUAGAUUCCAUCUCACAGUUGAAGUGUACCUAUGAUAAAAAAAUUACAGACUUCUACAUGCUUUGUAAGUAGGAAAACCUGCAAAAUCGGCAGUGUAUCAAAUACUUGUUCUCCCCACUGUAUAUAUGUAUAUGUAUGUAUAUUUGCGAGAAAAAAAAGUGAUGCAGACAAUUACAUUGAUGGAAGUUACAAUCUAUCUGCAAUAUUAAAGCUGAUCUACCCCCCAAAAAGAUACAAUAUAAAAAAAUGUAUUAAUUAAAGUUAAAGUACAAAAAGGAAAAUAAAGAAACAUAAAUAUGGGUUGUAUUUACAAUGGUGUUUGUUCUUCACUGGUUGCUCUUUUCUUGUGGCAACAGGUCACAAAUCUUGCUGCUGUGAUUGCACACUGUGGUAUUUCACCCAAUAUAUAUGGGAGUUUAUCAAAAUUUGAUUUUUGGGUCUGUGUAAUCUGAGGGAAAUAUGUGUCUCUAAUGUGGUCAUACAUUUGGCAGAAGGUUAGGAAGUGCAGCUCAGUUUCCACCUCAUUUUGUGGGCUGUGUGCACAUAGCCUGUCUUCUCUUGAGAGCCAAGUCUGCCUUCGGGAGCCUUUCUCAAUAGCAAGACUAUGCUCACUGAGUCUGUACAUAGGUCUGACAGAAUCUGUGCAGAAGAUCUAGGUGCUGCUGUAGGCCCUCCUUGGUUGUGGACAGAAGCACCAGAUCAUCAGCAAACAGUAGACAUUUGACUUCAGAUUCUAGUAGGGUGAGGCCGGGUGCUGCAGACUGUUCUAGUGCCCUCGCCAAUUCGUUGAUAUAUAUGUUGAAGAGGGUGGGGCUUAAGCUUCAUCCCUGUCUCACCCCACGGCCCUGUGGAAAGAAAUGUGUGUGUUUUCUAUGGAUUCUUCAAUUACUUUGUGCAGAUUUCUGACGUGCUGUUCCUUCUUUUUCCGUAGUGUAUUUCUGUAUUGUUUUAGUGAUUCACCAUUGUAAAGGCGUAGGCUCAGGUUUUCUGGGUCUCUAUGUUUUUGGUUGGAAAGGUUUCUCAAUUUCCUUCUUAGGUUUUUGCGUUCUUCAUCAAACCAUUUGUCAUUGUUGUUAAUUUUCUUAGGUUGUCUGCUUGACAUUUUUAGAUUUGAUAGGGAAGCUGAGAGGUCAAAUAUACUAUAUAGGUAUUCUACUGCCAAGUUUACACCUUCACUAUUACAGUGAAACAUUUUGUCCAGGAAAUUGUCUAGAAGGGAUUGAAUUUGUUAAUCUUUGUCUCUCUCUCACUCAAUCUCUCACUCUCUCUCUCUCUCAAUCUCUCUCGAUCUCUCUCUCUCUCUCUCUCUCUCUCUCUCUCUCUCUCUCUCUGUCCUCUCUCUCUCGUCUCUCUCCUCUCUCUCUCUCUCUCUCUCGUCUCUCUCUCAUCUCUCUCUCUCUCUCCCCCUCUCUCCUCUCCCCCCUCUCCUACUCCCCCCCCCCCCCCCCACCCCCCCCCCCUCUCUUUUCAGUCUGCUUCAGAACUGGUGGUCUCGAGGAAGAUCAAGCAGACAGAGAGGGAAGAGAGGAUACGAGGGGGACAGAAUGUGGAGAACAAAGUACAGCUUCCUCAAUGGGACAAAGACUGGAACCUGCAGCCCAUGAACGCCCACGGACUGGUGGACGAGUACCUGGAGAUGGGUAAGACAUAUCAGCUAUGUUACCUUGAAAUAAAUAAGCUGCUUUUCAAAUUACUUGCCUGGUUAAGUAAUUGUUAAAUAAAUGGUACAUUUUACUGUUUUGAUUAUUUUAUUUUUAUAUACAAAUGUUACAGUUUAGUACAAAGCCCAGAGAAUAACGCUUAUUUAAAUGUGGUUCUUGAUUGUUCUGUGGGGGUUUCUUAAAAAAAAUAAAAAUACAAUGUGGUUGUUGUUAAAUCUGUGACAUUGCCCUUUGCCUGUAUUGAGUUAGUAUUCUACUGAGGUCAAACAGAGGAAGUUAGUCUUCUGUUGAGGUCAAACACAGGAUGUUAGUCUUCUGCUGAGGUCAAACACAGGAUGUUAGUAUUCUGCUGAGGUCAACAACAGGAUGUUCAAACCCACCAUUAUAACCAUUUCUUCUUCUUCUUCUUCUUCUUCUUCUUCUUCUUUUUCUUUUCUUCUUCUUCUUCUUCUUCUUCUUCUUCUUCUUCUUCUUCUUCUUCUUCUUCUUCUUCUUCUUCUUCUUCUCAGUUCUCCAGUUUGGUUUCACCACCAUCUUUGUGGCUGCGUUCCCAUUGGCUCCUCUCCUGGCUCUGCUCAACAACAUCAUCGAGAUACGACUGGACGCCUACAAGUUUGUCACCCAGUGGAGGAGACCCAUGCCUGCCAGAGCCACAGACAUAGGUCAGUAAUACAGCCGCAGAUAUAGGUCAGUAAUACAGCCACAGAUAUAGGUCAGUAAUACAGCCACAGACAUACGUCAGUAAUACAGCCACAGACAUACGUCAGUAAUACAGCCACAGAUAUAGGUCAGUAAUACAGCCUCCGAUAUAGGUCAGUAAUACAGCCGCAGACAUAGGUCAGUAAUACAGCCGCAGACAUAGGUCAGUAAUACAGCCACAGACAUAGGUCAGUAAUACAGCCACAGAUAUAGGUCAGUAAUACAGCCACAGAUAUAGGUCAGUAAUACAGCCACAGGUAUAGGUCAGUAAUACAGCCACAUAUAUAGCUCAGUAAUACAGCCACAGAUAUAGGUCAGUAAUACAGCCACAGACAUAGGUCAGUAAUACAGCCACAGAUAUAGGUCAGUAAUACAGCCACAGAUAUAGGUCAGUAAUACAGCCACAGAUAUAGGUCAGUAAUACAGCCACAGAUAUAGGUCAGUAAUACAGCCACAGAUAUAGGUCAGUAAUACAGCCACAGAUAUAGGUCAGUAAUACAGCCACAGAUAUAGAUCAGUAAUACAGCCACAGAUAUAGGUCAGUAAUACAGCCACAGAUAUAGGUCAGUAAUACAGUCACAGAUAUAGCUCAGUAAUACAGCCACAGAUAUAGGUCAGUAAUACAGCCACAGAUAUAGGUCAGUAAUACAGCCACAGAUAUAGCUCAGUAAUCCAGCCACAGAUAUAGCUCAGUAAUACAGCCACAGAUAUAGGUCAGUAAUACAGCCACAGAUAUAGGUUAGUAAUACAGCCACAGAUAUAGGUCAGUUAUUUCUUCCAUCUGUUAAGUGUAUUACACAAUGCUAAUCAGAUGGGGAAACUGUCCUGAGGUGCAAGUGGAGGCAGGGAUUUUACCAAGAGCGUUUGAGAGCGAUGGAGACAAAGUAUCUGCUGUUUAGUUGAGAAUUGAACACUUCCUCCCCCAGAGUAGCUUUAGAUUACUGGUAAAGAUAGCUAGAGAGUAGAAGCAUGUUGCCCAAUGUGCUGCUGUGUUCUCCCAUCAGGUAUCUGGUAUGGUAUCCUGGAGGGGAUCGGCGUGCUGGCUGUCAUCACCAACGCCUUCGUCAUCGCCAUCACCUCCGACUACAUCCCCCGCUUCGUCUACGCGUUCAGAUACGGACCCUGUGUGGACAAGGGAUACCACCACGAGAAGUAGGUCCAUCUAUCCACUCAGAUUAUACCUUGUGGCGUCGGUUCAUUUAAAGAAUGCUCUGGCCAUUCUACAGGGACACUUUGUGUCACGGUAUUAGUUGGUUGUUGUGGCUCAGUUGGUAAGAGUCCAUCGUAUUUUUAGCUUUUAUUUAUUCAGAUGAGCCCAAUUGAGAGCAGGGUCUCUUUCUCAACGGUGCCCUGAGAACAAACAAUUCACAAAUCAACAUGAUAAUUCAAUAAAACAUCAAAGAUAAUCUACAAGAUACAGCCGUUGCAGAUACGCUACAUUUCAACAACACAAAUACGUUAUUACAACCAACCAAAACACUCACAAACCUCCGUGAAUUCAUUCCGCAUCAGCGUUCUAAACUGCCCUCUUGGCACCAGGGCCUCAAGAUGUAAUGCAAAUUAGCAAAUUAUUCAAACUAAAGGCUGAUAUACCGAGGUUGGUAGCAACACGAGGGACCUCGAGAGUUAACCAACCCUGUGAGCGGGUUUGAUGCCUCGUAUUUAUAUACUCUAACAGAGAAGUGAGAUAUGUUUGAAGCUCGUGCAGCAGAGCUUUGUAAACAAAAAGGGAGAAAUGAAGUGAUCCACGGGAAUUUAGAGCCGUCCAGCCGACCUUCUGAUAAAGGAUGCAGUGAUGAGUAUUAAACUUGUCACCUGUUCAUAGGAUAAAGCUUAGAACAUGAACAACUUCAUAGUUAAGAACACUAUAACAAUAUGGAAUAAAAUUAAACGUAUUCUACAAUAAACAAUAUCACUCCCUAAAAACACAACGUUAUGGAACAAUCCUUGGAUAGCUUUUCAGAAUUCACCGAUAAAUUGGUCCACGUGGAAAACUAAAGGAAUAGAAACUGUAAAAUGACUUGGUAACAGGAAAUACAUUUAUUUCCAUGACAGAAUGAAAAAGUGCAUAUCACGAAAUUUCGAUUUUGAAAUCUUUUUGGACAUCAGAGCAACCUUGAGGGAAUCUUAUCUGAGGUAAGAUAUACAAAACGUUGCAGAGAGCCGAUCCAACCGACAAUUUCUUAGAAAAAAAAAUAGAAACUAUUGGAACCAAGACUUAAAAAUAACUGAUGUUGGCACAAAAUGGAUGGAUAGUUGGAGCAUACCUAACGAAAUGACAGUUAUUAGCUAAGAUGUAAUCCAGUAAAAAACCAACGUAUAGAAUGUAUUAUACAAGAGACAAAAUUCACAAAUUCUACAGCACAACGGCAGAGUCAUGUCUCAAGUGUAAAACUAACAAUGACUCCAUUCCCAAUAAUCCAUGCCUUCUGGGAAUGCUAUGAAGUCCAAAAGUUAUGGGCGGAGCUAGAAAGUUGGCUGUCAGAAGUUUUACAAUGUAAAUGUACUUUUAAUCCGGUACAAUUUAAGGCCAAGUGGCAAACAAUAAUGCAGGCAGUGGGGAUGUGAGCAUGUGGCUCUGAGCAGAGGAGAUGUAGACGUUGUUUGUAAAUUUGAAAUCAAAUAUUCUUAAAAAAAAUUAAAAAAGAUAUAUAUAUAUAUAAACCUGUCACCUGUGAUAAAGCGAACCGCGCUAUGGUACACUGCAUCCAAGUGUUUUAGAAUAGUGUCUGUUGCAUUCUGGUAAAUGGUGUCACCUUAAUGCCUGUAUAAUCUGCUUCCUGCUGUUUAGGGAGAGGCAUGAUCUAUUUCUAUAAAAGAAGCCUACUUUUAAAUCUCAGCUUCUUAACUAGCUCAUCCGUAUGUUUUUUUUUUUAAACGUAACAUUUUUGUCAAUUUAAAAGGCCAGAUAUUUAUAGGCGGGAACCUGCUCCAUGAGAGAACCAUCCAAUGCAUAAAUGUGUAAACCAUCUGAAAUAUUUCUAAGAGAAUUAGAAAACAACAUACAUUUAGUUUUUUCCGCAUUAAGUACCCAUUUUAAAUAAACAAGGGCUUUCUGCAAGGCAACAAAAUCAGAUUGCCGCUCUAAUUUAUCCUGGUCAGCAGUAGGGGCAAUCUGCAUACAGAUGAAUGUUACAGGUUUUUGCAGACAGACCAAUAUUAUUUAUACAGAAAAAAUAUAUAAACGCAACAUUUUCAAAGAUUUUACUGAGUAACAGUUCAUAUGAGGAAAUCAGUCAAUUGAAAUAAAUUCAUUAGGCCUCUAAUCUAUGGAUUUCACAUACUAGGAUACAGAUAUGCGUCUGUUGUAGGGUUGAACGAACCGGUUACCGAGAUUUACCUCCCAGGACCACUCCCUUUUCCUGGGAUAAAUAACUGUGAGAAACCAGUAAAUUAUAAUACAUUAUUUAUAUGAACAGCAUGACGUGAAAUGGAACUGUUAAGUUAUAUGCAAAGUCUAAAUCUGGAUUCUCUACGGCUUUCUCUCGGGUCACUGCAUGGUGAAUUAUCAAUGCUCAGGGUGGGGACCGACAGCCCAUCUCAUUAUGUAGACCUAUCAUGUCAUCAUGGUAACCUUUUUUUAUUGUGAGAGGUAGACCUACAUUUGCUGCAGCAUAGCCUAUGGUACAGUUAUAUAUAGACCGAAUGCGCGUCUCCAUCUGGCUUUCAGGGGCCAAGAUACUUUUAAAAAAAAUUGCAGCUGCAGAAUUGUAAAACACUCCUAUAUCGUUGCUUUAAAUCAGUGCACGAGCGAGCACUCUCUCGCAGUCUUUCUCUCUCGCCAUCAAUUCCAUUCAAAUUGCAUCCAAAAUAGAUCAUCCUGUUCUAGAUUGAUAUAUAGCCCUAUAUAUAUAUAGAUGUCCUAGCCUACCUCUUUCAGGUAAUACAUUCAAUGCAGUAUUUGCCUUAUAUUUAGCUACAGUGAGUGAAGAAGUAUUUGAUCCCCUGCUGAUUUUGUACGUUUGCCCACUGACAAAGAAAUGAUCAGUCUAUAAUUUUAAUGGUAGGUUUAUUUGAACAGUGAGAGACAAAAUAACAACAAAAAAAUCCAGAAAAACGCAUGUCAAAAAUGUUAUAAAUUGAUUUUCAUUUUAAUGAGAGAAAUAAGUAUUUGACCCCUCUGCAAAACAUGACUUAGUACUUGGUGGCAAAACCCUUGUUGGCAAUCACAGAGGUCAGACGUUUCUUGUAGUUGGCCACCAGGUUUGCACACAUCUCAGGAGGGAUUUUGUCCCAAUCCUCUUUGCAGAUCUUCUCCUAGUCAUUAAGGUUUCGAGGCUGACGUUUGGCAACUCGAACCUUCAGCUCCCUCCACAGAUUUUCUAUGGGAUUAAAGUCUGGAGACUGGCUAGGCCACUCCAGGACCUUAAUGUGCCUCUUCUUGAGCCACUCCUUUGUUGCCUUGGCCGUGUGUUUUGGGUCAUUGUCAUGCUGGAAUACCCAUCCACGACCCAUUUUCAAUGCCCUGGCUGAGGGAAGGAGGUUCUCACCCAAGAUUUGACUGUACAUGGCCCCGUCCAUCGUCCCUUUGAUGUGGUGAAGUUGUCCUGUCCCCUUAGCAGAAAAACAUCCCCAAAGCAUAAUGUUUCCACCUCCAUGUUUGACGGUGGGGAUGGUGUUCUUGGCAUCAUAGGCAGCAUUCCUCCUCCUCCAAACACAGUGAGUUGAGUUGAUGCCAAAGAGCUCCAUUUUGGUCUCAUCUGACCACAACACUUUCACCCAGUUCUCCUCUGAAUCAUUCAGAUAUUAAUUGGCAAUCUUCAGACAGGCAUGUAUAUGUGCUUUCUUGAGCAGGGGGACCUUGCGGGCGCUGCAGGAUUUCAGUCCUUCACGGCGUAGUGUGUUACCAAUAGUUUUCUUGGUGACUAUGGUCCCAGCUGCCUUGAGAUCAUUGACAAGAUCCUCCCGUGUAGUUCUGGGCUGAUUCCUCACCGUUCUCAUGAUCAUUGCAACUCCACAAGGUGAGAUCUUGCAUGGAGCCCCAGGCCGAGGGAGAUUGACAGUUAUUUUGUGUUUCUUCCAUUUGCGAAUAUUCGCACUAACUGUUGUCACCUUCUCACCAAGCUGCUUGGCGAUGGUCUUGUAGCCCAUUCCAGCCUUGUUUAGGUCUACGAUCUUGUCCCUGACAUCCUUGGAGAGCUCUUUGGUCUUGGCCAUGGUGGAGAGUUUGGAAUCUGAUUGAUUGAUUGCUUCUGUGGACAGGUGUCUUUUAUACAGGUAACAAACUGAGAUUAGGAUCACUCCCUUUAAGAGUGUGCUCCUAAUCUCAGCUCGUUACCUGUAUAAAAGACACCUGGGAGCCAGAAAUCUUUCUGAUUGAGAGGGGGUCAAAUACUUAUUUCUCUAAUUAAAAUGCAAAUCAAUUUAUAACAUUUUUUACAUUAGUUUUUCUGGAUUUUUUUGUUGUUAUUCUGUCUCUCACUGUUCAAAUAAACCUACCAUUAAAAUUAUAGACUGAUCAUUUCUUUGUCAGUGGGCAAACGUACAAAAUCAGCAGGGGAUCAAAUACUGUUUUCCCUCACUGUAGCUAGCUACAUCUAUGGGCUUUUAUGUUUUUCUGUCGUGCUUAAUGUGCAGUAGCCUAUAUCAUGUAUUGGAUAACGGCACAAUCAUUUGGCCUUUUUUGGGCUUGGCCUCAUUAAAUGUCUUUAAUGUAGUGCUCAUAAAAUGUAUUUAAUCAGGCUCAGGUUGCAUCAGGCUUGAAUUUUCAAUCAAAGCUCUAAUCAAAUCCAGACACUUCUGGUUUUGGCGGGAAAUACUGGGUUGCCCUGGAGAAAAAUUAUUUAUUCUCGGGAUGGAACAUUUGUAAAAUACCGGGAAAAUAUUAAACCCUAAUCUGUUGGUCACAGAUACCUUUUAAAAAAAAGGUAGGGGCGUGGAUCAGUAUCUGGUGUGACCACAAUUUGCCUUAUGCAACGCGACACAUCUCCUUUGCCGAGAGUUGAUCAGGCAGUUGAUUGGGGCCUGUGGAAUGUUAUCCCACUCCUCUUCAAUGGCUGUGCAAAGUUGCUGGAUAUUGGUGGGAACUGGAACACGGUGUCGUACACGUCGAUCCACAGCAUCCCAAACAUGCUUAAUGGGUGACAUGUCUGGUGAGAGUAUGCAUGCCAUGGAAGAACUGGGACAUUUUCAGCUUUCAGGAAGUGUACAGAUCCUUGCAACAUGGGGCGGUGCAUUAUCAUACUGAAACAUGAGGUGAUGGCGGUGGAUGACUGGCACGACAAUGGGCCUCAGGAUCUCGUCACAGUAUCUCUGUGCAUUCAAAUUGCCACCGAUAAAAUGCAAUUGUGUUCGUUGUCCGUAGCUUAUGCCUGUCCAUACCAUAACCCCACUGCCACCAUCUGUCCACAAUGUUGACAUCAGCAAACGCCAUACACGUGGUCUGCAGUUGUCAGCCCGGUUGGACGUACUGCCAAAUUCUCUAAAACGAUGUUGGAGGUGGCUUAUGGUAGAGAAAUUAAUAUUAAAUUCUCUGGCAACAGCUCUGGUGGACAUUCCUGCAGUAAGCAUGCCAAUUGCUGUUUACUCCUGAGUGGCACAGUGGUCUAAGGCACUGCAUCGCAGUGCUAACUGUGCCACUAGAGAUCCUGGUUAGAAUCCAGGCUCUGUCGCAGCCGGCCGCGACCGGGAGACUCAUGGGCGGCACACAAUUGGCCCAGCGUCGUCCAGGGUAGGGGAGGGAAUGGCCGGCAGGGAUGUAGCUCAGUUGAUAGAGCAUGGCGUUUGCAACGCCAGGGUUGUGGGUUCAAUUCCCACGGGGGGCCAGUAUAAAAAAAUAUGUAUUCACUAACUGUAAGUCGCUCUGGAUAAGAGCGUCUGCUAAAUGACUAAAAUGUAAAAUGUAAUUGCACGCUCCCUCAAAACUUGAGACAUCUGUGGUAUUCUGUUGUGUGACAAAACUGCACAUUUUAGAGUGGCAUUUUAUUGUCCACAGCACAAGGUGCACCUGUGUAAUGGACAUGCUGUUUAAUCAGCUUCUUGAUAUGCCACACCUGUCAGGUGGAUGGAUUAUCUUGGCAAAGGAGAAAUGCUCACUAACAGGGAGGUACACAAAUUUGUGCACAACGUUUUUAAGAAAAAAAAUUUUUUUGCGUUUGGAAAAUUUCAGGGAUCUUUUAUUUCAGCUCAUGAAACAUGGUAAAACACUUUACAUGUUGCGUUUUAUAUUUUUGUUCAGUGCAGAUACCUGUGUGAAUAAUGCUCUGUGAAAGGUGUAUAUAAAUAGUGAAGAGUACAGGUCCCAAAAUCAACCCCUGUGGGACACCUUCAGUUAAAUCGAGGUAACAUGACACCAUCAGAAAGCACACGUUUGUGUCCUGUCUGACAGAAAGUUCCCAAACCAUUUGCAAGACGCCUGGUCGAGGCCCAUUUCAGAUAACCUUUGAAUGAGUAGGGGAUGGUCGACAGUAACAAAGGCCUUGGACAGGUAUAUAAAUAAGGCAGCACAGUGAUUCCUAUGAUCUAAACAAUUGAACACAUCAUUUAAGACAAGUGUAGCUGCUGUCCAGGUCUAAAACCAGACUGGCAUUAAGAAUAUCAGUUUAAGUUUAAAAAAAGUUCUUAGCUGAGAGUUUGCGAGUUUGUGAUUCUAAUAUUUUUUUGCAAGGCAAGAUACAGUAGUUUAUAAAUUGGGCGGUAGUUAUCUAGGAUCCCCGCCUUUAUGUAGGGAGAGGACAUGCACCGCCUUCCUGAUCUUAGGGAUAGCACCAGAAGCAAUUGUUAAAUAAAAAAAUGUGGGUCAAAGGUUCUACAAUGAGGGGGGGCAGAAAGCUGCAGGAGUAAGGAAGGGAUCAAGCGAAUCCGCUCCUGUGGAUUUUUUUUUUACAUAAAUUUUUUUGCAAGGCACUUAGUACAUCCUUGACAUAAAAUGGUUCAAAUGAAAAAAAAUGUGUGAAUGCCUGGAAGUGCAUCAUUCUCUACCUGUUUAAAGGUGAAUAAAGGAAUCCCUCACUAUUCUUUUAAAAUAGGUGACCAGCUGAGGCAAGAUGGUACUCCUGAGUGGCGCAGUGGUCUAAGGCACUGCAUCGCAGUGCUAACUGUGCCACUAGAGAUCCUGGUUCGAAUCCAGGCUCUGUCGCAGCCGGCCGCGACCGGGAGACUCAUGGGCGGCGCACAAUUGGCCCAGCGUCGUCCAGGGUAGGGGAGGGAAUGGCCGGCAGGGAUGUAGCUCAGUUGAUAGAGCAUGGCGUUUGCAACGGCAGGGUUGUGGGUUUGAUUCCCACGGAGGGGGGCAGUAUAAAAAAUAUAUAUAUAUGUAUUCACUUAACUGUAAGUCGCUCUGGAUAAGAGCGUCUGCUAAAUGACGUAAAUGUAAAAUGUAAAAUAAAAAGCACCACAAAUGUCAUUUUUGUCUGUUAUGGGACCAGAGGUCUGCUGCUCUCUCAUUUAGCUAUAUGCGCCUUACGGGUUGUGGUUGUUGUGGAUGGCUGUUCACAAAUGUAUAUGUGUAAAAUUUUAACAGAAUAAUGGUUGAAUUGAAGAAGUUUAAGCGUCCUAUCUAUCAAUCAUUGUUUUUUGCGACCAGUGGAAAGACGGUGACAAAUGCGGUCUUGCAACAGCUGCAUUGCGCGGAUCCCAGCCUAUGGAGUAAAAGUUUGAGGGGUAUUCGUCCCUUCUAACCACCUCCGUGGUAUUGUACAUAUUGUCAAAAACAAGUUUAAUUUAAGGAGACAACAAGUGGGUUUUCUAUUGCUCAAUCUAAUCCGUGCUGAUUCAACAAAAAAAUCCAUAGGCCACAGACGGACACAUGCUCAAACUCGCCCACUUUUGAUAGACUUAAACAGCUGCAAGUUAUUGAGAUAUCAAGGUGUCACCAACAGAAACGUGAACAAUAGGCCUAUAGCAAAUGCCGCGUAUGGCAUACAUUUCUCACAUGCAAAUAGCACUUUUCGGUAGUGCUGAAAGUGUACCAUUCAAUGAGAGCAGCAUUUAUUUUUAAACUUAAAGCAAUGAGCCCAAUCAGUCCUCCAUGACAACAAAAUCAUAAACAGCAGAGUAGGCUAAUAAGUCCUUCAUUUGGGGUUAUACUCAGGUAAAACUAUUUAGCUAAUCUAUAUUUUCAUAUUUCCAAGUCCUAUUCUUGAAGAUCAAGGGGUAUUCAAUUAAUUGGAAUGACUGAAAAUCUGACAGACUUUGGUUUUUAAUGUAAAGAUAUACAGUAUGUAGUCUAAUCGUAUUAUUAUCUGUAGUAGAAAGCAAUGGGUUAGAAGAAGCCUACAGUGGGGGGAAAAAGUAUUUAGUCAGCCACCAAUUGUGCAAGUUCUCCCACUUAAAAAGAUGAGAGAGGCCUGUAAUUUUCAUCAUAGGUACACGUCAACUAUGACAGACAAAUUGAGAAAAAUAAAUCCAGAAAAUCACAUUGUAGGAUUUUUUAUGAAUUUAUUUGCAAAUUAUGGUGGAAAAUAAGUAUUUGGUCACCUACAAACAAGCAAGAUUUCUGUCUCUCACAGACCUGUAACUUCUUCUUUAAGAGGCUCCUCUGUCCUCCACUCGUUACCUGUAUUAAUGGCACCUGUUUGAACUUGUUAUCAGUAUAAAAGACACCUGUCCACAACCUCAAACAGUCACACUCCAAACUCCACUAUGGCCAAGACCAAAGAGCUGUUUCAACUCCCUCCAAAGAUUUUCUAUGGGGUUGAGAUCUGGAGACUGGCUAGGCCACUCCAGGACCUUGAAAUGCUUCUUACGAAGCUGUACAUUACCAACCCAUAAAGUCAAAUGCAACAUCCAUUUAUGGUCAGCUAUGUAAACUCCAACAUUGAUUUAUCCUGCAAUAGAGUUAAAUUGGUGAUAUUCAUUUGUGUCUUCUUCUAAUGCCUCUUAAGGGGAAAGUCAUCCAAAAGUAACUGAAAGUAAUCAGAUGAUGUUACUGAGUUUGGGUAAUCCAAAAGUUACAUUACUGAUUACAAUUUUGGACAGGUAACUAGCAACUGUUACGGAUUACAUUUAGAAAGUAACCUACCCAACCCUACAUCAAGGGCAGACCAUUCUACAGCCACACUAGUCUCUAGUUAGUUAUCGCACACAAGAUUUGGUUCCUUGGUUCAUGUGUUCCAGUUUGUGUUCCAGUUUGUGUUCCAGUUUGUGUUCCAGUUUGUGUUCCAGUUUGUGUUCCAGUUUGUCUUGGUUUCUGACCCCCCCAUCUCUCUCCAUGGCAGGGGUCUGCGAGGCUACAUGAACAGCAACCUGUCGGUGUCUUGGUUUCUGACCCCCCCAUCUCUCUCCAUGGCAGGUGUCUGCGAGGCUAUAUGAACAGCAGCCUGUCGGUGUCUUGGUUUCUGACCCCCCCAUCUCUCUCCAUGGCAGGUGUCUGCGAGGCUAUAUGAACAGCAGCCUGUCAGUGUCUUGGUUUCUGACCCCCCAUCUCUCUCCAUGGCAGGUGUCUGCGAGGCUAUAUGAACAGCAGCCUGUCGGUGUUUGACAUGGGCGUGCGCUGGAACGUGAGUGAGGAGCAGAGUAGAUACUGCAGGUACAGAGACUACAGAGCCUCCCCCUGGAGCCCAGUACCGUACGACUUCACUCUGCAGUUCUGGCACGUCCUGGCUGCAAGACUAGCCUUCAUCAUAGUCUUCGAGGUAGGUCAGCACGCCCACGCUCUGUCUGUCUGUCUGUCUGUCUGUCUGUCUGGCACGUCCUGGCUGCAAGACUAGCCUUCAUCAUAGUCUUCGAGGUAGGUCAGCACGCCCACGCUCUGUCUGUCUGUCUGUCUGUCUGUCUGUCUGUCUGUCUGGCACGUCCUGGCUGCAAGACUAGCCUUCAUCAUAGUCUUCGAGGUAGGUCAGCACGCCCACGCUCUGUCUGUCUGUCUGUCUGUCUGUCUGUCUGUCUGUCACGUCCUGGCUGCAAGACUAGCCUUCAUCAUAGUCUUCGAGGUACGUCAGUACGCCCACGCUCUGUCUGUCUGUCUGUCUGUCUGUCUGUCUGUCUGUCUGUCUGUCUGGCACGUCCUGGCUGCAAGACUCACCUUAAUCUUCGUCUCUGAGGUAUGUCAGUACGCCCACGCUCUGUCUGUCUUGAUCUCUGUCUGUCUGUCUGUCUGUAUUGAUCUCUGUCUCUGUCUCAGACACUGAUUAGGUGUUUCAGGCAGGGUGUCCGAGCUGUGCACCAGUAGUUCAAACAGACAGCUCGGUGCAUUCAACAUGUCAAUACCGCUCACAAAUACAAGUAGUGAUGAAGUCAAUCUCUCCUCCACUUUGAGCAAGGAGAGAUUGACAUGCAUAAUAUUAAUGCCAGCUCUCUGUGUACAUCCAAGGGCCAGCCGUGCUGCCCUGUUCUGAGCCAAUUGCAAUUUUCCUAAGUCCCUCUUUGUGGCACCUGACCACACGACUGAACAGUAGUCCAGGUGCGACAAAACUAGGGCCUGUAGGACCUGCCUUGUUGAUAGUGCUGUUAAGAAUGCAGAGCAGUGCUUUAUUAUAGACAGACUUCUCCCCAUCCUAGCUACUGUUGUAUCAAUAUGUUUUGACCAUGACAGUUUACAAUCCUGGGUUACUCCAUGCAAUUUAGUCUCCUCAACUUGCUCAAUUUCCACAUUAUUCAUUACAAGAUUUAGUUGAGGUUUAGGGUUUAGUGAAUGAUUUGUCCCAAAACAAUGCUUUUAGUUUUUGAAAUAUUUAGGACUAACUUAUUCCUUGCCACCCAUUCUGAAACUAACUGCAGCUCUUUGUUAAGUGUUGCUGUCAUUUCAGUCGCUGUGGUAGCUGACGUGUAUAGUGUUGAGUCAUCCGCAUACAUAGACACACUGGCUUUACUCAAAGCCAGUGGCAUGUCGUUAGUAAAGAUUGAAAAAAGUAAGGGGCCUAGACAGCUGCCCUGGGGAAUUCCUGAUUCUACCUGGAUUUUGUUGGAGAGGCUUCUGUUAAAGAACACCCUCUGUGUUCUGUUAGACAGGUAACUCUUUAUCCACAAUAUAGCAGGGGGUAUAAAGCCAUAACACAUACGUUUUUCCAGCAACAGACUAUCAUCGAUAAUGUCAAAAGCCACACUGAAGUCUAACAAAACAGCCCCCACAAACUUUUUAUCAUCAAUUUCUCUCAGCCAAUCAUCAGUCAUUUGUGUAAGUGCUGUGCUUGUUGAAUGUCCUUCCCUAUAAGCGUGCUGAAAGUCUGUUGUCAAUUUGUUUACUGUAAAAUAGCAUUUUAUCUGGUCAACAACAUUUUUUCCUAAAGUUUACUAAGUGUUGGAAACAGGCUGAUUGGUCGGCUAUUUGAGCCAGUUAAGGGGGCUUUACUAUUCUUAGGUAGGGGAAUAACUUUUGCUUCCCUCAGGGCCUGAGGGCACACACUUUCUAGUAGGCUUAAAUUGGAGGUUUACCAGUCCUCUGGGGAUUCUAGAUAUCCCAGAUGCUAUGUCCUGCCCAUAUUCCCUUGAGCAAGGAACCUACCCCUUAAAACCCCUCAGGGAGUUUGUUUGCCUGUGUUGAUUUUCUGUGAUCUGAAAAUGACAAUGGACAACAAAGUCUUCUUCCUCUAUUGCCUCCCGCAGCACCUGGUGUUUGGCAUCAAGUCGUUCAUCGCGUACCUGAUCCCAGACAUGCCCAAGAGUCUGUGUGACCGCAUGCGGAGGGAGAAGUACCUGAUGCAGGAGAUGAUGUACGAAGCAGAGCUGGAGCACUUGCAGAAGGAGAGAAAGAAGAAUGGCAGGAGAUAUCACCACGAGUGGCCUUAGCGUUAGUCAUGUGAUGUUAGGUCCCUGUAACACAUACAGAACCUCGUCUGCAGCAUACACACACACAUACACACAGUACACUUGAUAUACACGCCAGCACACACACACAUAUGCACUCAGAUCACAUGUUCCCUUCUGCACACCAAAGAGGCCCUCUUCUGUCACCAGACCUGAGGCCCUCCCUGUCCACAUACCCAUCUUCUGUCCCUCGUACCUGUCCAUAUCCACAUACCCAUCUUCUGUCCCUCGUACCUGUCCCUGUCCACAUACCCAUCUUUUGUCCCUGUCCCCUGUCCCUGUCCCUGUCCACAUACCCAUCCUCUGUCCCUCGUACCUGUCCCUGUCCACAUAUCCAUCUUCUGUCCCUCGUACCUGUCCCUGUCCACAUAAACAUCUUCUGUCCCUCGUACCUGUCCCUGUCCACAUAAACAUCUUCUGUCCCUCGUACCUGUCCCUGUCCACAUAAACAUCUUCUGUCCCUCGUACCUGUCCCUGUCCACAUAAACAUCUUCUGUCCCUCGUACCUGUCCCUGUCCACAUAUCCAUCUUCUGUCCCUCGUACCUGUCCCUGUCCACAUAAACAUCUUCUGUCCCUCGUACCUGUCCCUGUCCACAUAAACAUCUUCUGUCCCUCGUAUCUGUCCCUGUCCACAUAAACAUCUUCUGUCCCUCGUACCUGUCCCUGUCCACAUAAACAUCUUCUGUCCCUCGUACCUGUCCCUGUCCACAUAAACAUCUUCUGUCCCUCGUACCUGUCCCUGUCCACAUAAACAUCUUCUGUCCCUCGUACCUGUCCCUGUCCACAUAAACAUCUUCUGUCCCUCGUAUCUGUCCCUGUCCACAUAAACAUCUUCUGUCCCUCGUACCUGUCCCUGUCCACAUAAACAUAUUCUGUCCCUCGUACCUGUCCCUGUCCACAUAUCCAUCUUCUGUCCCUGUCCCCCGUACCUGUCCCUGUCCACAUACCCAUCCUCUGUCCCUGUCCCCUGUCCCUGUCCCCUGCUCCCAUCUCUGUUACUGUCCCCCACCUCCCCGUUCAGCUCUCCAUCCAGCAGGAACCCUGGGCCCUGUCUGUGCCCUGUCACGCCUGUCCUGUGUCGUGUCCUGGCUACGAAUGGGGGGAGAGACCUACCUAUCCAAUUGUAA